GAUCUUGCAACAUAUGCUACUGUCCUUCUGUGGCCAGCUGUCUUCAGCCUCAAAGCAUGAAGUACAAAUAGACGAAACGCUCUGAGUAUUCAGCCCUGUAGCGUUUGAUGGCUAUCGUGAACGCCUUGCGCCUAGAGAACGUGGGACUGACCUGAAGAGGCAGAUCUCUGGACAUAAACGGCACAAUAUCAGCCUCGUGAGGCCCUGGAGGCGUGACGUCUGCUGUGUUUCCUUGUGACUAUUCCAACUCCCGGAAAUCUCUCGUCCGCGGACUGGCCAGCCCUCCAGUAUGAGCAGCCCACCCACUCGCGAUGAAGUCUACCUUGUCGCCCGAAAAGCGACGAACGUAUUCCGAGUUCAGGGCUUAUCGUGCUGCCUUUUUGGAAGUGCGGGCUGCUCUCUGAUUGGUUGCACUAGGACACCCAAUGUGAGUAUCUACUGACGUCGAUAUUAUCGUCAUGAGUAACGAGUACACGACGGAGUAUCUCAAAGAGCUUCUCGUUAACAACGGGAAGGGGUUCUACAAGAGAGCAUCGAAGAAGAUCGAUGCGACCUACACCGUGCUCUAUUGUAGACUCUCUGGAUACAAGAGAUCAUGCAAAGUUGACAUCCUAAUCCCUGGCAUAUUGAACAUUCCGUUCAUCGCGAGCAAUAGGAUCGAGAUCAUUGACGGGUUUCCCGUCUUGCCGCUCUUCCCGCUCCUUUUGAUGAAACUUCAGGGCUGGUCCGACCAUCGUGCAUCGUCCAGAAGUGACAUGCAGUUGAAACAAUAUGUCGAUGCGAGGGACCUUGUUGAGCUUGUCGCCAUAGCUGCUAGGAGGGGAGAACAUGUAGACGAUGGGCGUUGGUUGCCCACCAGUUUUCUAGAGCUUGCUACUGCUCGAGUCGCGGCUUUUGUCGAAGCCCAUCGCCAGCCCACAAAUUGGAGAAGGAUUGGGUUUGAUGUGUAGCGAUUGGCUUCAUUUCCUACCGACGAUCCUGCUUCGAUAUCCUCACAACCGCUUUCCGUAGACGACGUGGCUAUCUGUUCUUUCCUCGUGGCUCUGCUUUGAUCUGUUCGCUAUUGACCACUAUCCAUACAGACUCUUCUUAUUCUAUAUAUAUACCAUGGCUGCAAGUGGAAGACACGUUGUAUCUUUAUUCUCUACAACGGGAAUCCCAGAUUCUUAACAUGAUGAAACUGACCGGUUCUGAAACUCUCAUUCGCAAGCAAUCCAACUGCCAAUGCCAUAGCCCCGUCCCUCUCGUUGGCAGUCUGCUUCGACGCGUCACCGGUAUCAACUUCUUCCCCGGGAAGAGGACCGAACAAGACACUCAACAUACGACGAUCACCUCCACCAUGCUCGCCAUGCUCCAUCUUGAUAG